UAUGAUUAAAUUACAGAGGUGACGGUGCAUCCGCAGUUUGGCUACUGCCCGAGAUUGACUCCCGCAUCUGCGCCGUGCGCUACGGUUGACCUGCUACUCGCAAUCUGGCCAUUACCGUUGAUCUCCACCUCAAGACAGCGGCGUGGCGACUCCCAAGACUGAAGCACCAGCUCUAGGAAAGGCUCGCACUCGAGAGAAGGACAGAGCCCCAGCCCACGCCACCGCCAAUGGCGGUGAUGAAGACGAAGCCGGCUGCAGAAGGCAAGCGAUGCUGCCCGGGAAUCAACACCAAGCUCGUCGCCUUCCUGCUCACAGUGCCGUCACUCAUCGUCUUCCUUGGUGGGCGCAAUGGCGAGCAGCCGGCGGUCGAGAUCGAGGCGGUCAUGCCCGGCAGAGAUCCAGAAGCUGUCUCGUUCCUGCAACGGAAGACAGCACACGAUGACAGGCUUCUCGGCGGCCUCCUAGCCGACGGCUUCGACCAAAAAUCCUGCCACAGCCGGCACCAAUCCGCCGUGUACCGUCGUAACGCCGGCAGGCAACCGUCGCAUCACCUCAUCUCCAAACUGCGGAGCCACGAAGCUCUACAAAGACGGUGCGGCCCGGGCACAGCCGCGUACACCAACGCUCUGGAGCAGCUCAAGUCCGGCAGGAGCGUCGCGUCACCGGAGUGCAGGUACCUGGUCUCCAUAUCGUACCGCGGCCUCGGCAACCGGAUCCUGGCCGCGGCGUCGGCGUUCCUGUACGCGCUGCUCACCGACCGCGUCCUCCUCGUUGACCCCAGCCACAUGACGGACGAGCUCUUCUGCGAGCCGUUCCCGAACACGACAUGGCUGCUGCCUCCGGGGUUCCCGCUCUUCAACUAUCAGAGCUUUUACCUCGACACGCCGGAGAGGUUCGGGAGAAUGCGGGAGGACGGAGUGCUGAGAACCGGCGUGACAAACGGCUCCGCCCCCGCCGAGCUGCCGGCGUUCGCGUACAUCCACCUCGACUACAACCAGACGGACCACGACAAGCUCUUCUUCUGCGACGACGACCAGAGGGUUCUCCGGGACAUCCAGUGGCUGGUGAUGAGGACGGACAGCUACAUCGUGCCGGGCCUGUUCCUGGUGAAGGCGUUCGAGGAGGAGCUCGACGGUCUGUUCCCGGAGCGCGACGCCGUGUUCCACCACCUCGGCCGGUACCUGUUCCACCCGACCAACCAGGUGUGGGGCCUCAUCGCGCGGUACUACCGCGCGCACCUCGCGUCGGCGCGGCGCGUGGUGGGCAUCCAGGUGCGCGUCUUCCCCUGGGAGGCGGAGUCGCCGGAGAUCCUGGAGCAGAUCAAGACGUGCACGCAGAACGAGAGGCUGCUCCCGGCGGUGCUGGACGAGGUGGAGGACGACGAGCCGGCGGUGGCCGGUGCCCAGCAACCGACGGCCGUCCUGGUCACCUCCCUCAAGGCCUGGUACAGCGACAAGAUGAAGGAGAUGUACUGGGAGCGCGCGGCGGCGGACGGCAGGGUGGUGGUGGUGGAGCAGCCGAGCCACGAGGAGACCCAGCGCUACAACGUGAGGUCGCACGAGCACAAGGCCUGGGCGGAGGUGUACCUGCUGAGCGUGGCGGACAUGCUGGUGACCACCGGGCAGUCGACGUUCGGGUACGUGGCGCAGGGGCUCGGCGGGCUAAAGCCCUGGGUGCUGCACCAUGUCGCCAACGGCACGGUGGGGUGGCCGUGCAGCAGGGACGUGUCCAUGGAGCCGUGCUUCCACGUCCCGCCGCAGUACGACUGCAAGCGACGGGAAGACGCCGGCCUGGUCGUGCCGCAUGUGCGCCACUGCGGAGACCUGCCCGCGGGACUGAAGCUAGUCGAUCGAAGAGAAUGGUAGAAACAAGACAAAAAUGACCGUAUUUCUUUGACGAAAACUUCCGAAUGCACAUGCUUUGUAUCGAUAUCCAGCCAUACUGUGCUGAUGGGUAGAACAUUGCCGAAAAUUCUGAAUGCACAAACAAGAGAUGGUGUA